AUGCAAAUAUAUGUGCGUGUGUAUGCUGUAUAUAUCUACCUAUCUCAUUCUAUUCCUAUCUAUCUAUCUAUCUAUCUAUCUAUCUAUCUAUCUAUUUAUCUAUCUAUCUAUCUAUCUAUCUCACUCUAUUCCUAUUUAUCUCAUUCUCUUCCAAUCUAUCUACUAUUUCUGUUCAUUUCCUUCCUAUCUAUCUAUCUAUCUAUCUAUCUAUCUAUCUCAUUCUGCUUCUUUCUUUCUAUCUAUCUUUCUGUCUGUGUUCAUUUCCUUCUAUCUAUCUAUCUAUCUAUCUAUCUAUCUAUCUAUCUAUCUCAGUCUGUUCAUAUCUAUCUAUCUAUCUAUCUAUCUAUCUAUCUAUCUAUCUAUCUAUGUCAUUCUGAUUCUUUCUUUUUUUCUUUCUUUCUAUCUAUCUUUAUAUCUGUGUUCAUUUCCUUCUCUCUUCCUUACUCUACAUUCAUUCUAUCUAUCUAUCUAUCUAUCUAUCUAUCUAUCUAUCUAUCUAUCUAUCUAUCUAUCUCUUUUCAUUUCCUAUCUAUCUAUCUAUCUAUCUAUCUAUCUCAUUCUGCUUCUUUCUUUCUAUCUAUCUUUCUGUCCGUGCUCAUUUCCUUCUAUCUAUCUAUCUAUCUAUCUAUCUAUCUAUCUAUCUAUCUAUCUAUCUCAGUCUGUUCAUAUCUAUCUAUCUAUCUAUCUAUCUAUCUAUCUAUCUAUCUAUCUAUCUAUGUCAUUCUGAUUCUUUCUAUCUAUCUUUAUAUCUGUGUUCAUUUCCUUCUCUCUUCCUUACUCUACAUCUAUCUAUCUAUCUAUCUAUCUAUCUAUCUAUCUAUCUAUCUAUCUAUCUAUCUAUCUCCUCCCAUUUCGUACCCUUUGGAAACUUUUUUGGUGGAUUUUAAUCAUAAAUACAUACACAUAUAUCUAUCUAUCUAUCUAUCUAUCUAUCUAUCUAUCUAUCUCAUUAUUGUCAUAUCUAUCUAUCUAUCUAUCUAUCUAUUUACAUAUAUGUAUGUAUCUAUAUAUCUUCAUUUAUUUCGUUUUUCCUUUCUUUUUUAUCUAUCUAUCUAUCUAUCCAUCUAUCUAUCUAUCUAUCUAUGUCAGUAUAUUCAUAUCUAUCUAUCCCACACUUUUCAUCCUGCUUGUCCAUCUAUCCAUCUGCCUCAGUGUUUUCAUAUCUAUCUAUCUAUCUAUCUAUCUAUCUAUCUAUCUAUCUAUCUACACUUUGAACAAUAA